AUACAGCCUACAACAGGAAGUGAGCUGCGUGGCCGCGACAAAGUUUCAUACAGAAUAAAGCAGUUUCGACUCUUGUUUGUGCAGCAGUUGCAUGCCCCCGCCUCUCUGUGGUUGAUUUAACAGGAUGCUCUCACCGUCGCUGCUACCAGAUGGUGCUUGAAGCUUUGGCCGGUGGACAGACACCAUGAAGGCAGCGCGUCUUUUCCUCUUGUUGUUCAGCUUCUACCAGACGUCUCUCCCAGCUCGAGUCUCUGUGGCUAUCUCUCCCAGCAGAUCACAACAUUUUGAGUAUGAGAAACUGUCAGUCGCCUGUGGUGGUUGGACGGCGUGGAGAUACACCACCAACAGCUGGAAUCUGAGCCGGUGUGAGUUGGGCUGGGGCGUCAAACCUUCGUCUUCCUGUGACAUCGCCACGGCCAAGGCCACAGACAGCGGCGUGUACUGGUGUCAGUCCAGACACGGAGACAGCAGCAACGUCGUCAACAUCACCGUCACCGGUGGACCAGUGAUCCUGCAGAGUCCUGUCCUCCCUGUGCCGGAGGGAGAAGACGUCACUCUGCGCUGCAUUAAAAGGAACUCGUCCGUCCUCUCAGCUAAGUUCUAUAAAGAUGACGUCUUCAUCGGGAGAGGGCCUAAAGGUUAUUGGACCCUCCGCCAUUUCUCCAGGUCGGGUGAAGGAUUCUACAAAUGUAAAGUCGGUGAUGAAGAGUCUCCACCCAGCUGGAUGCCGAUGAAAGAUGACUCUGUGCCGGCCUCUCUCUUGGCGUCUCCGGACGUCUCUCAGCUGUUUGAGUACCACCCUCUGUCUCUGAGCUGCGGGAACAACAGCCGAUCUCACGGCUGGAGGAUUAUCAGAGCCACCAAGGUGGACGGGAAGGAGGGGAUGCUGGUGAACUGCAGCGAGAAAUGGGGCGACGCUUCGCCUUCUGGCUGCGACAUCCACACCGCCAAGAAGACGGACAGCGGCGUGUACUGGUGCGAGUCUCCCGCCAGGCAGCGGAGCAACUCCCUCAGCAUCUCUUUUUACGGUACAAGCCAUACAAACAACUGUCUCAGCAUCUCUUUUUACGGUACUGAUAAAAUGAUUCUGCAGAGUCCCGGCCGCCCUGUGAUGAAGGGAGAUAACGUCACACUGCGCUGCAGAACAAAAAAAGAUGGGGACUCCUCAGCUGGUUUCUAUAAAGAUGGCUCCUUCAUCAGGACUGAGCCUGCAGGUCACAUGACCAUCCUCAAUGUUUCCAGAUCUGAUGAAGGCCUCUACAAGUGCAACAUCAGCAGUGAUGGAGAGUCUCCACCCAGCUGGCUGUUUGUCAGAGAUCCCCUGAGUGAUAUGGAGGAAACUUCCUCCUCUAUGUCCUCGCCUCCGUCUGUGCUGACGCUGAUACGCCACCUGGUGGUCGUGUGUCCGUACUGCAUCUCCACCAUCCUGCUGGUGUCCAUAUGUCGACAGAAGCCCAAAGGUAACGCCAACCUUCUGCGGAGCCUCAGCAGCCGUGCAGGAAGGAAGCAGCGUGUUUCUAUGACGAUGUCUCCACCCAACGAGGACGAUGAGGGAGUGGACCGAGCGUAUGAAGAUGUCAUUGCUGAUGUCACCACUGAGCAUACUUUCUAAACUCUCUCUCUCUCUUGUACACUGGAGACCCACUC